UGAAACGUGAUUGCCUCUAUUGCCUCGAACUACGGAAGUAGUGUUGAAGAAGCUACUUAAACUCUCAGAUAUCCACAUUCCAUUGCAGUAUUCACGAUGCAGUUAGCGAUUCUGUUAUCAUGUGCUGUGAUUGGUUUGCUGAGCACGUCUCCAUCCGGUCAGACAACCACUAAUAGUGUAGCUGUUAGAGCAUUUGUUAAACAAGAUUGCGAUGGAGUUAAAACGUAUAUAUGUGACACUUGUACCUCACGGCGGCCAUGUAUCGGUACUACCGAGAUCGCCCAAUCCAUAAAUUGUGCUACCGGUUUGUACUGCGUCGAAGGUACUUCCAGUGAUCGAUGUGGACCGAUUGCGUCCGAUGUUUGUCUACAGUCAACGGUCAGCACUUCCUUUACCUGCACUUCUACCGGCAUUCUACCAGAUCCGAACAAUUGUAACAACUAUCACGUUUGCUUGGCCGUCGGAGAAGCGUCGAGCGUUUAUAACUGCGCACCGGGAUAUGUCUUUAAUAUCGCAUCGGCCGGAUGCAUCCGUGAGGUUUCGACCACCAACUGUGUUACUGUGACCUGUCCGGCCGGUGAGCCCACCUAUGUGCUGUACGGUACAUCACGCCAGUACUAUGUCAUCUGUGACGGUACUAAUCCUCCGACCCAUAUCCUUAAGUGUCCGAAUCAAGCCCUGUUCAGUUUUUUCUCGGGAAGCACACGUUUUGGUGAGUGUGUUUACACGUGCUCUGGACAAGGCAACUACGCUAAUAGCAACAAUCCCAGUAGCUACUUCCAGUGCUAUGUAUUAAAUGGCCGAAUUGUCUACAGAGAAGUUGACUGUCCGCAAAAUACUAUCUUUAAUCAAACAUUGCGUUACUGCGUCAGAGCUCAAUAGAUUCAGCUGAGAGACUAUUACAUGGAAAACAUGUAAAACACGUAAUGUUAAAUUAAGAUAACAAAUCCCUAGCUUCUUUUAGCUACUAAUAGAGUGUAUUUAUGCCAACAAUAAAGACGCUG